ACCAACCCGUUUACUCACCGACCUUGUGUUUGGGCGCCAAUUCGUGUAAAUCCGUGUUGUGUUGUUGUUAUCUCUCCUCGCAAAAAUGAACGAUAGCUUUGGUGCCGGUGGAUUUAACGCGACCGCGGGCGGCGGCGGUGCGGGAAACGAGAACAAAGCGGAAGGCGUCCUGCCGCUCGUCAUCGAGCAGGUGCUGGAAUCAUCGGACGGAGGCAUUUCGCUGUUCGGGCACCAAUAUGCGAUGAUUACGCUGGUUGCAAUCAUCCGCAAUGUCGAUUACUCCUCCACCAAAGUCACCUACCAGCUGGAAGAUCACACAGGCCGAAUUGAUGCACAUCUGUGGAUAGAGGACGACGGUGUCACCAGCACGCCGAGCAUCGUGCCCCAGUCGUACGCUCGCGUGGUUGGGUCGGUGCGCAAUCAGGGCGGCUCGAAAUCGAUCAUGAUCUUCAAGAUCGACCAGAUCAACUCCCCGAACGAGGUGACCACCCAUCUGCUGGAGGUGCUGCACGCCCGGUACAAGGGCGAGGAGAACAGCAAGCGCAAGGUGGAGGGUGGGUUCGACACGAACGCCAAUGCGACCUCGAACGGUGGGUUCAUGGAAUCGGACUCGGUCGGUGCGUCGCUGGGCCUGAACGGGAAGCAGCUGGCUGUGUACAAAGCGAUCAAAAGCCACGUAUCUGACAUCGGCAUUAGCCGCAAGGAGCUGCAAGCCAAAUUUUCCCACAUCAGUCCCUCGGAGAUGCAGAGUAUCAUUGAUCAUAUGGGACAGGAAGGCAUGAUAUACACCACGGUCGAUACGGAUCAUUUCUUCUGUGUGGACGCAUAAGAAGCAUUUCUUUCGUCGGGGUUUUUUACGCUCUUCUCUCUCUCUCUCUCUCUCAUUCCCAUCAAUAAAUAAUCACGAUAUUACUAUUUACCACAAAGUUGAAUGAAGUAU